AUGGAUCUUCCCGCUAAACCUAAAAAAUCAGUGGGUGGGAAACCAUCCCACGACCAACCAUCAUCGUAUGCAUCCCUUUUCAACAAGACUCGAGAAUCCAUCACCCUUUUUUCCCAACAUCAGAACAGCCGCCAAGUGUGGCGACGUGCUGAAAACCCCCAUUCCUUGCUGUUUGAUAUAACCCAUUUGAAAAUAACUGACGCUGAAUUUCGGCUUGCAGUUGGUCACUCAACAUUGCAUAAGGGUGCCCAUGGCAUUGUUGUGCAUCGAACACGCUCGUAUACCAUUGCUGAAGUCGCUUUCGAGACACAAGACCUCGCUGACAAAAACCUCGAUCAACCAGUAGUCCUCGCUGAUGGCACAAAAGUCUUUGGUUCCCAACCUAUACCAGAAGAAUGGGACGUUGUGAAAAUCAACCUUACUCAUAUCCCAUUGUAUACACGCACAAUUCUUUCCUCAUCACUCUCUACAGCACUCAAACCUUUUGGUCAACUUCUUGAACUUGGUAUCUACCUGGAACAAAACUUUUUCACAGGAAAAGGAUACGCUUACAUCAAUACUACUCCCAAGUACGCCAACAACAGCAACAAAGUGUUUCAUGUACCACCUCAACAGCUCGUGCAUUCCAUCACUGUAUCACGUAAUGAUGGGUCCUACCCCACUCGUAUGUUCGCCACAUGGUCACAAAUGCCUUUAUACUGUCGUUAUUGCCAUCUUUCUGGACAUACUCGCCUCCAGUGCAAGCAGAAACCUCAACCAAGAUGUCAUUUUUGUCAAGAACUCGGUCAUAUUCGUAAAGAUUGCCAAAUCCGACAAGGCAAGAAGCUUGCCCCUGAAACCAGAACCUCCGACCCUGCAAACUCUAAUCAAGAUACUCUCACAUCGACAUUCACCUUCCGAACAAAUAGCAAACGCCAACGCAACGUCGCCCCUUCGAAGUCCACUCCUAUGAACAUUACUCCAACUCCCGACACCAAUAACAAUAGCCUUCCUGCUACAGUUUCUACCCCGCAUGAUCACCCACAGCAACAGCCCCCUCCGCAUGAUGGCCAACGGUCUGAUGUCUCUCUUCCAAAAAGUGAUACGGAUGCGAUGGAGACAUAG